AUGUGGCGUAAUUCUGAUUCAAUUCAACGAUGGGUCUACAAUUUCCUUCCGACCGAAGUCGUCUCCCUUGGAAAUGAUUUCCAUACCACUGUCCUGGACUCAUCGGAACCAUGGAUUGUCGAUUUCUUUGCACCAUGGUGUGGCCAUUGUAUUCAAUUUGCUCCGAUCUACGAUCGAAUCGCGAAGGAGCUCGCCGGAAAAGUGAAUUUCGCGAAAAUCGAUUGCGAUCAGUGGCCCGGAGUGUGCCAGGGGGCUCAAGUCAGAGCUUAUCCGACAAUUCGACUGUAUACUGGAAAGACUGGAUGGUCCCGGCAAGGGGAUCAGGGAAUCGGAAUUGGAACUCAGCACAAGGAGCAAUUUAUCCAAAUCGUUCGACAACAGUUGAAGCUUGAUGAGCACGAUGAGCUAUAA